UGUUACUGGUGGACCUGCUGUGGCUGGUCUGGGGGCGUUGAGACCUCGUCCAGACCCUGGUGGAGAGUGAGCCUCUCACCAUGUCAGCCUGCUGCAACUGGAAAUGCAUUUUCCAGUAUGAGACAAACAAAGUCCUCCGGAUCCAGAGCGUGAAUUAUGGAAGCAUUAAGUGGAUCCUGCACAUGCUGGUCUUUUCUUACAUCAGCUUUGCUUUGAUCAGUGACAAGCGGUACCAAAAGAAAGAGUCUGUCAUCAGCUCUGUGCACACCAAGGUGAAAGGGAUAGCAGAGGUGAAGGCGGAGAUACUGGAGAAUGGAAUCAAGAAGAUGGUGUCUGAGGUCUUUGACACCGCAGAUUACACCUUCCCCCUGCAGGGAAACUCCUUCUUCGUGAUGACAAACUUUCUCAAGACAGAAGGCCAACAGCAGGGGAAAUGUCCUGACUUUCCCACCAGGAGGACGAUCUGUUCCUCUGACAAGAAUUGUAAAGAGGGACGGAUGGACCCGCAGAGCAAAGGGAUCCAAACCGGAAGGUGUGUAGUGUAUAAAGAAAGGCUGAAGACCUGUGAAGUCUCCGCCUGGUGUCCCGUCGAGGAAGUGGGAGAGCCCCCCCGGCCCGCGCUAUUGAACAGUGCCGAAAACUUCACUGUGCUCAUCAAGAAUAACAUCGACUUUCCUGGCCACAACUACACCACGAGAAACAUCUUGCCAGGUAUAAACAUCACUUGUACCUUUCACAAGACUCAGAAUCCACAGUGUCCCAUUUUCCGACUGGGAGAAAUUUUCCAAGAAACAGGAGAUAAUUUUUCAGAAGUGGCAAUUCAGGGAGGGAUCAUGGGCAUUGAGAUCUACUGGGACUGCAACCUGGACAGUUGGUUCCAUCGCUGCCGCCCAAAAUACACCUUCCGUCGCCUUGAUGACAAGACCACCAAUGAGUCCUUGUACCCUGGCUACAACUUCAGAUACGCCAAGUACUACAAGGAAAACAACGUUGAAAAACGGACUCUGAUAAAAGUCUUCGGGAUCCGUUUUGACAUUCUGGUUUUUGGCACCGGAGGAAAAUUUAACAUUAUCCAGUUGGCAGUUUACGUUGGCUCAGUCCUCUCCUACUUUGGUCUGGUCACUGUGAUCAUCGACUUGCUCAUCUGCACUUACUCAAGCACAUGCUGUCGGUCCCACAUUUAUCCCUCUUUCAAGUGCUGUAAAUACUGUGCAGUCAAUGAAUACUACUACAGGAAGAAGGGGGAGCCCAUUGUGGAGCCAAAGCGGACAUUAAAAUAUGUGUCCUUUGUGGAUGAACCCCACAUCAGGAUGGUGGACCAGCAGCUACUUGGGGAAAGUCUACAAAAUGUCGAAGGUGAAAACGUCCCAAGACCCUCAAUGGACUUCACGGACUUGUCCAGGCUGCCCCUGUCUCUCCAUGACCCAUCCCCUACUCCUGGGCAACCAGAGGAGAUGCGGCCGCUAAGUAGGGAAGCGUCUCCUCUAUCCAGCAACAGCCCAGAUUGGUGCCAGUGUGGACACUGCCUCCCGUCCCAGCUCCCCAAGAGCCACAGAUGCCUGGAAGAGCUGUGCUGUCGGAAGAAGCCUGGUGCCUGCAUCACCACCUCGGAGCCCUUCAGGAAGCUUAUCUUGUCCCGACAGGUCCUGCAGUUCCUCCUGCUCUACCAGGAGCCCCUGCUGGUGCUGGAUGACAGUGCCAACAGCCGGCUGCGGCACUGUGCCUACAGGUGCUACACCACCUGGCGCUUCGGCUCCCAGGACCUCGCCGACUUUGCCAUCCUGCCCAGCUGCUGCCGCUGGACGAUCCGGAGAGAGUUUCCCAAGAGUGAAGGCCAGUACACCGGCUUCCAGAGUCCUUGCUGAUGGCACAGGGCUCAGCAGGCAUGUUAACGUUUGUUUCCUUUGUUUGUGCCCUGAGCUUGACCUGCAAAGAUCUGUGGCCAAACGUUCAACCAAAGGGAAAUGUGUUUUCUGCUCCUGCAGCUCUAGACAUGUCAGAGAGCAGAAUGAACAAACAAACAAACAAACAAACCCAAAUCCCUCAGCAGGGACUGAGUCGAGAGAUUCGGAUCUGUACCUCAGUUCUGUCCCCAGCAAGUUGUGUGGUCCUUGGCUUUUAACUCUAUGCCGCAAUUGCCCUCCUACCCAACCUGCUAUCCUAACCAAGGGGUCAGGAGGACAAACUCAGAGAGUGUACAUGAACUUUCUGGUCAAUGCACAAAGAGCUACAUGAAUGUGAAGUGGCUCCUUGUGAGGCCAGACUGGGAUAAGAUACAACUAUGAACAAACCUUGGGGUGCUGGCUGGACACUGUGAGGAUUAAUGGUGGCCAAAUUCUUGGGCACUCGUCCAUAACCUAAGGGUUAUGUCUCCUCCCCCUGCAUGUGCGCAGCUCUGACUGCUUUAGCCAAUCAUGGAAGUAACGCUGUGCUGGCUUCAGGGUCUUGGUCUUGGGGCUGGCAGCUUCUGCCUCCCGUCCUGUCCCAUGGCUGCUGCGAAGCCAGCCCCCAUACAGAGGUCUGCCUCUCCUCAGACUACCCAACUGUGAGGCAGCUCCAGAAGCCACAUGGACAACAGAGAUGUCUGACCACUUCCCAGCUUCCAAGACAUCCAAACGCAGUCACUGGACAUGGGAGAGAAGCCUUCAGAUGAUUCCACGCCCUACUAGCAUCGGACUGCCACUGCAGGAGACACCUCCCAGGGCACCCAUGGAGCAAAACCAUUGUUUUAAGCCACUAAGUUCAGCGUUGUUUGAGACGCAGCAACAGAUGGAGGACAGAGAGCAAGCCUGACUCACUGGAACACAGACUGGGCCUAGACCUUCCAUGGUUCUAGGGUUCUUAGGGAGACUGGACCACCCCUGAAGCUCCAUGGGGGCUUCGGUCUCUGUUCAGCAGUCCUAUCAGGGAUGAGAACAAAUCAGGGAACCCACCAGACCAGCCCUGGAAUCCAUCCAGUCUAACUGUUGAACCACCCAAUACAUUCUCACCCACAGCCUAUUACUAGGACUAGAAGUAGCUACCGCUGCUAAAACUGGAAAAGACCACCUUUGUGUCCUUAACAUCCUGUACUUCACAGCCAAUCAGAAUGGACACAGUCUGCAUGCUACUUAAAAAGCAACUCACACUCAAACCUUUACCAUUUCUGUACAGUGACCUCUAAGAAUGUGAAAAUGGAGUCAGAGGUUUUAGGAUCUUCCUUCAGGAUUUCCUUUUCAUGGUUCUGAUAUUAGAAUUGAUUAUUUCUAAACAAUUCUUUUAAAGAAUAAAUAAAGACCACUAUUCAACACUGUAAA